UUGGUGGGUGGAAGUUAGUGGCUGGACGUUAGUGUGUGUGUAUGACUAUCUCUGAAUCAGCAAAUAACCUAGCAGGUUGUUACACUUUUGGGCUGGCUUUUAUGUCAACAGUGGGACAAGUGAAAGCGAAAUGAAGCGGGGAUUUUCACAGUUCGGGUGUCUGUGUAGCAGAGUCGCCGAACAUUACUUGGCUGGUCACAAGAAAUGGAGCCCAAUUUCGCCUGUAAAUCUGAAGAUCCAGAAGCAGGAAGCUCAGAAACCAGAACCAUGUGCGAGCACUUCAAGAAUACCAGCAAUAUGAAGAUACACAUCAGAACACUUCUGGAUUCGGGUAUCUACAUCUUCAGCUGCCCCUACUGUGAGCAGAGAUGGCCUUGGCAAGAUCUACGCAGACUGGAACUCUUCCCUGAGAUCGAUCAGAAGCUCUUUGAGGUGAAGAUCUCUCGACUGACUGAGAGUGACACCAGAUAUUACAAAAAGUGUCCGAGGUGCAAAUGCGUUGUGCAGAGGAUGGACCUAGAGGAGCUUUUUGUGGAAUGCCCAGCCUGCCCAGGGAAUAUGGGAAAGCCCUAUCGGUUCUGCUGGGACUGCCUGAGGAGAAGGAACAGGCGUCUGGCACAAGGAGAGGCCUGCAAGAACAAGGACUGCAGCUUGGUGGCGCUGCUGCAGUCAUGCCCCACCAUCAGUGACCCGCUUUUGACUGUCCAUGGCUGCCCUUCGAUCCGGGCAUGUCCCACCUGCAGAGUCCUGGUCUCCCACGGAGGGGGUUGCAAGUACGUCCGUUGCAGGAGCUGUGGCCACUCCUUCUGCUACCGGUGCUUGGAGAAACGCUCCGCCUGCCACGCUGCCAAACCCGAGUGGUACCACUUGGCUCGCUGCGCCAAGCCCAGGGCAGCCAGGCAGAUGUUUCUAACCAAACGGUCAGCUCCAGCCAGUGCCAAGCAGCUCGAAUCCCACCAUUGACGCUCCGUAGCAGCAGUGCGCACCAUCCACAAGACCCCCUGCAGCAACUCACCCAGAUUCCCCUGACAGCACCUUCCAAACCCACGACCACUGCUACUUAGAAGGGCAACAGAUACAUGGGAGCACCACCCACCUGCAAGUUCCCCCAUCCCAGGUCACUCGCCAUUGUUUUGAUUCCAUGCCUCUAAGGGAUGCAUUUUACCCCUUUUCUCCUGUAGAGAGUUUUGGUCACAGCGAUGUCUGCUCCUGGAAGGCAGUUUGUAAAUAGCUUUGGGUUUCCCGCUUCAAGGUAACUCUCCCUCUCCUUGAUGUGUUGCAGACUGUAACUCAGACCUCAGCUCAUCAACUCUGAGCCAGAGUUCUUCAAGCAAGCCACACUCAGUACAGGUGUGGUCACUAUGAAACCACAAUGGGCUCCAGUAGGUCCUACACCCUGUAGGCACAACACACCACCUGGCCGUCCUUUCUAUUUUGUUUGUUUAGUGUGGCUUUAAGAGGUGUGUUUUGUCCUGGUUUCUUUUAGAGAGAGAUUGGGAGAGAGGUACCGAGCAGUCUAUGAGAAGAUAAAACCCAAAGUCUCCCAGGUUGUUUUUUAAAAAGUUGAAACAAUAGAAACAGCCUGACUGGGUGUGGUCAUGCUCUCUCAAUUCCGGGAUUUUCGGAUUAGCUGGGGUCUCAGCAGGGUUGGAAGGCAGCGAGUCUUUCCUCUCUCACUUAGACUUGUCUUUUGAUAUUCUUCCCCUGGGUUUUUUUUCCAGAGUAAGACAAAAGAAUCAUGGGUGGGUAAGCUCAAGCUCAGAGAGAUCCAGAAGGAUUUUGAUUUUGGCUAUUUUUUCUGUUAGUUUGCGAUUGUAGCAGACAGCUAGAGUUCUUUGUGCUGCUAUAUUGAAGACUUAGCUUUCCUCUCCGAAAUCAGAAGGAACGGAGCGUUUCUUCAUACUGGACUAGAGAGAGAUAGCACGUGAAAAUAAUAACUGUCUUGCUGCUUUGCAUUUUUGCCAAAGGGCGUGCUUGCUGCCUAUAUUGGAACAGUUGAUGAUUAAUGGUUAAAUAAUACUGUAAUGGGAUCUCGGGGUUGGAGGGGAGGGGCCGCAGA